AUGGGCAGAGCCAUGGUAGCCAGGCUCGGACUGGGGCUGCUGCUUCUGGCGCUGCUCCUGCCCACGCAGAUUUAUUCAAAUUCAACAACUCCUUCACCAACUGUAAGUAAUCCCUCACACAAUACUUCGACUACCCAGAGUCCGGCAAAUGCCACGACCAGGGCGAGUGGCGGUGCUCUGCAGUCAACAGCCAGCGUCUUCGUGAUCUCGCUGGCUCUUCUACAUCUCUACUGUUAA